CGAGAGCCAAGGCAGUGUUAGCUCACUAGGCAGGGAUCUUUGGAAAGAGUGUCAGGGCCAAGGGCACCAACCAUUCGCGUCAGUCUGACCGAGACCAUGUUUAGCAGAACCGAGUUACCGCCGGCACCGGCUCGCCCACCGGCACCGCCUAACGCCGCCUAUGGCGACCGGUUCUCACACCAGCGUACCAGCAGUGGGUCAGCACCAUCACAUCCGCCACCACCUCCUCCCCCUCCUCCAGCCAACGCUGGCUCCAAUGGCACAGCGGGCGUGCCAGUGCGCGAAGGCAAGUGGUCGUUCCACGCCAUAUCCGAUCUGCCACAGCCGCCCCAGAUGCCGAUUUCGCGGCACAAGUACCCAAGUGGCAACCCAACCGGGUCGGCAGUAGCCCUUGACAUUUAGAUGCUACACUUGGUAAGGUGCUAGAGCGCUGCUUUUCUGUGUAGCUUCUGUGAACACAGCUCUGUAAUCCGCCCUAGUAAUCGAUCUUAUUACUUUUGCCGUCUUUG